GGUUGUUAAGGAUUGGCUAUGGUAAGUAUGUGGUUACUGAUAAUUGGUACUGCAGACAAAGAUGAGUCGAAGAUCGGUUCAAGUAGCAUACUGCAACUACCAGAGAGAUCAUGCUAUGCUUUUCCUUAAAGGAUAUUAACUGACAAAUAAAAUUGCAUUCAUAUUGUAUACCUCAUUUAACAGUAUUGACCUUUAGUUGCUUCCCAUCCUCUACUAAGAACCUUAUACAGCCAAUUACUAACCGACUCGAGUGCAAAAUACAGACCAGAUGAAGGCAGAAAAAUAAAGUAUGCAAUGAUCUUAAUUUGAAUAGUAAGUGUGGGGUGGAUCAUUUGGACUCGCCAUGUUUUGUACAGUGAUGUCCUAAACUAGAAGGAUUUCUAGAUUUAGAGCUUAGGGAGCUUGGAUUUAAUACUUAGCCCCAUAUCAUUCACCACGGUCAUUUCUCGACUAGCCGUGAAUUCCAUAUUACUUUUGCUGGUUUGAAUUUGUACCACAGGUGUUAUUUUUGGUAUAUCCUGUAUAUACCAAUUGGGUUAAGAUGUAGACGUCAACUGAAUGUGUUGAAUUUUAGAGGCGCAUCUGUAUGGCAUUUUGCCAAGCGGGGACGACUCAUUUUGUGUUCUUCAUAUGUUUGUACGAAAAUUCUACAAUUCUCUGGCUCUGGCUUCGGUUCUAUUGUUUUUCUUUUCAUUUGGCAGUGUAUGAUACUUGGUAAAUAACUUGGAGUAAAAGGUUGAACAAGGUUGUGUGUCUCCAUUCUUGUCUGUGCAGAAGUAAACCAUGGAUGGUUUUAUUUACUGUUUGGUUGUAUAGGGUUACAGAUAAAAUGUAAUUUCAAUAAAUCCUGGGAGAGCCCUAAAUCCGGUCAAUGCAAAAAGUAUAUAGCUUAAUACGGACUAAUUGUUAGCUCCACCGGACAAUUAUUGAGAUUGACCAAGUCAUCCAAAUUACUUAUUCCGUGAUGUUGAGUGUGGUGUGAUCUAUAGAAUCGAAGGAAUGGUCUUUUUCUUUUUUUCUUUUUGAUUAGGGAAUCAAAGGAAUGGUCUCUAUCAUGAGAAUGUUGAUUAUUUUAUCAACUUUGUUCUACACUUCUGCAAGACGAUCCUAAUUGAUUUAUAAUUUUUAAUCUAUGAUCAAGUAAACAGUUUAUAACGUGAUUUUACAAUGGGAAAACUAUAUAAAAGAAAUUCCUUGAGUAACACUUCAUCGUUAUUAAAUUGUUGAAGGGUCAGGUAAGAAAAGAUGUGGGUGCUUAAGCCUUAAACAAACAGUCCAACCAAAACUCACGGGUGUGGGAAGAUAAAGAAAAUAAAAUUCAUAGUCCCUAUUUUUCAAUUCACACUUCAUUUUUAUUUAUUUUUAAUAUCUUAACAUUACAUGUUUUACCAUGUACACUAUAGAAAGAUAAUAAAAAUAAAACACGGAAUACAAGGAGUGUGAAUUUUAUUUGUUUAUGGCAACAAUUGAACGUGUAAUAAUUUAACGUGGAGACGCUGGUUUCACUCUUUCCAUCAAAAUCGUAGAGACCCCUCUUGUUAAUGCUUUCGAUCACGUUUAAUCUCCUGAACCAGCAACAUGUAUCCGAAGAAUUAAGCCAAAUCCUUUCUGGGUCUUUCAUUUCAAUCCAUAAUCUAAAAUGGGUCGCCGGCAGAACGAGUCCGACCUCGGCCGUUUUGCACUUCUGGCGCUUCUCCUUAUGGGUGCAAUCUCCUGCUGCAUGCUCUACCUGUUCAUCUCUAUGGUCUUGAAACCCAAUAGUGCCACAUUUGCUCCAAUUUCAGAGCUGGGUGAGAAUGGUGGUGAGGUUGUUUUGGCGGGUAAAGAAGAAGGUGAGUGUUGUAGAGGGAUCGAGCAAUUGGAGCUUUGGGGUGAUGCUGUGAAAUGGGGGGCUGAGUUUAAGGUCAAUUCUUCAAAGGAGUGCUGCAUGGCUUGUAAGGAUAUGUGUGGGGAUCCAAAUGGGCCUUGUUUGUGUGAUUCUUGGGUGUUUUGUGGGGAUAGAGAGGCUUGCGGAGAUAAGUUUGGUGAGUGUUGGUUAAAAAAACAAAAGGAUACAUUGGAGCCUGAUCGGCGAGACUCAGGGGAUCUAGUUAUGUGGACUUCUGGACAUAUAUUUGGGAAAGGAGAGGGUGUCGUUGGCUUGGAAACAGAAUAUGGUAUUCUUCGUAUAAAGCUCUUUGUUGAUUGUGCCCCACAUUCUGUAUUCUAUAUUCUUGAGCUGUUGCGAGAGCAUUAUUGUGGAGGGUGCCAAUUUUAUCGUGCAGAAAGCCGUGGAAGCUUUUGGGAUUCCAUAGGAAAUCAUGUCCAAAAUGCUCCCUUUGGCCCUCCUUUUGGACUUGUACAAGGAACACUUGAAGCCCACGGGAUUAUAUUUAAGGAGAUUCCAAGAGAGGGUAAACACAACAUCAGAAGGGGAUCGGUUGCCUGGGUUGGUUCUGGUCCAGGUUUCUUUAUCAGCCUGGCCAACCAUUUUGAGUGGAAGAAAGCAUACACCGUGUUUGGUUCUGUUCUUCCCGAAGACAUGGAAAUUGCAGAAAGAAUAGCACAGCUUCCAACCAAGCAAGAGGUGUGGAGUAACAUUGAUGUCUCUGUCUUGGAGAGACCUGUUUCAUUACAGUUCCAAAGAAUCAAAUCAAACUUAUGACCUGGCAAAGGUUCAACACAGACAUAUGCAAAGAAAGUCCGAGUUUUUGUUAGUUUCACCUCCUUGCUAGGUAGAUUUGUUGCCUACAAAAAUUUGUACAUAAACGAAUAAUUGGCAGAAAUGAAAUAGAAUCACUAUUGAUCUUAA